AGUCAUCACCAUGUCUGCUGAGGCUACGGCGCUGCUGCUGCUGCUCGCAGCUGCUGCACUAUUCGCCGGCGACCACGCCGCGCCGCUAGAAGCCGACUCUGCAGAGGCGACGCCACGUCCGGCGUCGGUGGCGACGGCGGCGACGUUCCACCCCGAGGCGGCGUGCUCGCGCCAGGGCGGGCUGUGCGUGCUGGCCGCGGAGUGCCCGCCGGGCUCGCUGCACAACACCACCGGCCUCUGUCCGCAGCAGCAGCCGCAGGGCGUCGAGUGCUGCUACGGCCUGUCGGUGCAGGAGCGGCGCUGCUCCGCGCGCGGGGGCGUGUGCCGGCCCAAACACAAGUGCGGCCGCCAGCUGUGGGAGGAGAGAGCCGAGGACUGCGGGCCCACCGACACCUGUUGUAUACUCGUCUCCUAGCAACGGGGACUCCCACCUGCCCAGCUGUACCUAGCACAGGCCGUCUAUGACGCAGACUGCCUCUUGCUCUUCAGUACGAAUACAUUUGCUGUUUGCAGCAAAACGACCAAAUCAUUAUGUGUACACCUAAUCUUUGCAGAAAUGUAGAUGCCUUAGCAUGUCUGCUACAACUAAUGCCUGGAGCUGAGUUCACAUUUAUUUUAGAAUUAGCAGUGUAACAGAGAGGACGUUAUUUUAUUUUCUUCUAGUAUCCCCUAAACUAGCGAAGUUAGAGAACAGAGCAAUGGUCCUAUUUUGGAGCCACUUGAGAUGCAUUACUACCAGAUGCCGUUCUUUCCUAUUUAUUUGCUUUCUGAUCCAGGAGAUAAUAUCGUCUGUAAAAAACUCUACCUAGUAUUUCAUUUUUCAUGUGCCCUGAGUGUACAAUUAAUUUCCUUCAGAAUUAAUAUUGCACAGUCGACAAUUCUCUUCCUCUUGUCGAAAGCGAUGCUUCAGACGGUCUUCUGAUCAAUUUGAGAAUCUCGCUCGCGGUAUGUCUUACAGAAAAUUACGACCAAUUGCAUCACUCGCCCUCAUUUUGCAACACUGUGACGUUACUAGAAACUCGGCGAAAUAAUAAUGUUAUUAUUUAGAGAUUAGAAUAUAAUAGCUUUAUUGUUUACAACUUGUAAUUAAUUGUUAUUUCGAAAAUAUAAUAUUCUUGUUAUUUA